AUGUCAACAACCCUGGGCGCCUUCAUCGCCGGCGGCAUUGCCGCCUGCGGCGCCGUAACAGCCACACAUCCCUUCGAGACUGUCAAGAUUCGAAUGCAAUUGCAAGGAGAGUUGAAGGACAAGGGACACCAGCCGCACCAGUACAGAGGACCUCUCCAGGGCGUCUCGGUCAUCGUGCGGAAUGAGGGUGUCAAGGGCAUCUACCGCGGUAUCGGCUGCGCCUACAUCUAUCAGGUUCUGCUUAACGGCUGCCGUCUGGGUUUCUACGAACCGAUGCGUGAAACCCUGACGACCCUCGUCUUCAACGACAGCAAGACCCAGAGCCUGGGCGUCAACAUGGCCUGCGGCGCCGGAUCCGGGAUUAUGGGUGCCGCGGCCGGCAGCCCUUUCUUCCUCGUCAAGACCCGGUUACAGAGCUACUCCCCCUUCAUGCCCACCGGCACCCAACACAACUAUCGUAAUGCCUGGAACGGGAUGACCACGAUCUACGGCUCGGAAGGCAUCCGUGGACUUUACCGUGGCGUGGGCGCGGCUAUGAUCAGAACAGGCUUCGGAAGCUCCGUGCAGCUGCCUACCUACUUCUUCGCCAAGCGGAGACUGGUUCGUCAUUUGGGUAUGGAGGAGGGCCUUCCUCUGCACCUUGCUAGCAGCACCGUCAGCGGCUUCGUUGUUUGCUGUGUGAUGCACCCCCCUGACACCAUCAUGUCCCGUCUUUACAACCAAAACGGAAAUCUCUACAAGGGCGUCUUCGACUGCCUCGCCAAGACGGUCCGCACCGAGGGAUUCUUGGCCAUCUACAAGGGUUUUCUGCCUCACCUGGCCAGAAUCCUUCCCCACACCAUCCUGACCCUCACCCUGGCAGAGCAAACCAACAAGCUGAUGAGGAGGCUCGAGGACCGCAUCCUGCCGACGGCCGCCCUCCAAAAUCCAUGA